GAAGGAGGGGAGAUGGCCGGGGGGAAGAGCGGCGAGAGGAAGAAGGCGGUGACCUGGUGCACAAAGGCUGGACUCCAGAUUCUCGUCGACCGCAUCGGGCGCUAUCUCAAGAAGGGCCGCGACACGGACCGCGUCGGCCCGGGCGCCCUCGUCUACCUCGCCGCCUUCCUCGAAUACCUUGCCGUCAAGAUGCUAGAGUUGGCGGGCAAGGUGGCCAAGGACAACAAGAAGACCUGCAUCAUGUCGCGCCACCUGCUUCUCGCCACUCGCAACGACGAGGAGCUCUCCAAGCUGCUUGACGGCAUCACCAUCGCCCACGGUGGUGUGUUGCCCAACAUCCACUCUGUGUUGUUCUCCAAGAAGGCCAACAUGCACUAG